CCUUUAAAAUAAAGAAAACAGAGUCCAUAUAGAUUACUCUACAAAUUUUCCCAAUUCCUUAUCCUAUUUGGAAAAUUCGUACUCAAGUCCAAAUCAUAUACGAUCAAAUUUCACAUAAUUUUCCUCUAUUUAAGUUUCAAAAGAUGGUGCUUUUGGUUUAGUUUAAGUGCAGACGAUGAAGAAUUUUAUUAUUAUUCCCGAUGAGGUGAUUGAGAAUAUAUUCAUAAAAUUACCAGCCAAAUCUAUACUCCGAUUUAAAUCCAUCUCCAAAUAUUGGCAUUCGGUUCUCAGCAGCCAACGUUUUGCUGCAUCUCACAGCCAUUAUCACCAUCUCAAUGAGAAUGAAUAUUCUCUUGUUUUAAUAGAGGAUGAUGCCAUAAACAUUGUAGAUUAUUCCUCCCUGCAAAUUGGAAAGCAACCAUUAGAUGAAACUAAACCAGUGCCCGUCUUCGCGAAGAAACACUCUUUUCCUCCGCCUCUACAGAUAUUUCCGUCGUCCUGGCGCGACGGUUCCAGCGGUAGGCUGUACGUCUAUUCGGGCCGGAAAACAGAAUUCUUCUGUUAUUGCAAUGGAAUGCUGUGCAUCGACUCAACUUAUUUCUUGCAUUAUGAAGGCAAUGAUGUUAAUGUUCCGUAUGAUGACAGAUUCUUGCACGAUCACGUUACGGUGCUAUGGAAUCCGUGCACGAACGAGUACAGAGAAUUGCCAAAAUUAGCUGGUUAUCCAAAACCUAAUAGUGCCGUCAGCUUAAGGUUUCUAGGGUUUGUUUAUGACUCAACGAACAGCGACUAUAAAGUCAUAAGAGUCGAAAGCCAUUAUUCGGCUGAAAUAAUUACAACACUCGAUGUAUUUUCACUUAAAUCAAAUCUUUGGACAAGAAUGGCCGACAAUCUUCCGUAUAUUGGCCGUGAGGCCAUGAUAAUAAAUGAUGAUUUCUUCUGGUUGAAGCGUAAUAGAGGAAUACCAGAUCUUAAAACCUACCGGGAAACGAUGAUGAUGCUGCAUGGUCAAAUUGAUGUAGACGAAGAAGAAUAUUUUACGAGACUGAGAACCAAGGAGAAACUGUUUUGCUUCAAUUUUACGACGAAAUUAAUCACAGAGCUAGAGCUACCUCAUAUGGGUGAGAAUUGCAACUACUCUCAAACAGAAACGUUUGCAAGUUUAGCUACGAAUUGCCUCUCUUUCUUGGCCAACAAUGGUGAUCUCUGGUUAUUCAAAGACGGAAGUUGGAUGAAUUAUGUGACGAUCCAUCCAAGUUUCCCGAGAGAGAUUGGUGGUGUUUUUUAUAUGAAGCCACUUUUUUUCACCAAACAUAAUUCCAUUGUUAUGCAUGCCUCAAUUACAGAUUCUACAGAUGAAGUGUCUGGAAGGUCUUCUGUACAGGUUAUCUAUCACCCACAACACUCAUCCUUCACCGUAUACAGGGUUCACGGGCUCCAAACUCCGUGUGAUCGAAUCCUUUUCUAUAACCACACUCUUGUUUCGCCUUUGUAAUUUUUUUCUUUAAUUUUUCAAUCAACAUUUUUGUUAAGUUUGUUCAAGGGAAAAAAC